AUGGUGACCAGUUUUUUGUUGUUUUUUGUUUGUUUGCUGAUUUUUGUUAGAACAGAAAGUCUGCUUGUUAAUAUCACUAUACUUGAAAGUGCCGUUGCAAAAGGAGCUGUUUGCUUGGAUGGAACUCCACCAGCAUACCAUCUUGAUAGAGGAUCAGGCCCAGGAGUGAAUAAUUGGGUAAUAUCACUUGAGGGAGGUGGAUGGUGCCAAAAUGUUACUCUUUGUCUUACGAGAAAGAAUACUAGGUUGGGAUCUAGUGCAAAAAUGGAUCACCAACUUCCUUUCUCUGGGAUGAUGAGUAAUGAUCCCAACUUUAAUCCAGAAUUUUAUAAUUGGAAUAGAGUUUCCGUUAGAUAUUGUGAUGGAGGAUCCUUUACAGGAGAUGUUGAAGCAAUUGAUCCUGGUACAGGACUUCAUUAUAGAGGAGCAAGGAUAUUCAAAGCUAUUAUGGAGGAAUUGUUGGCCCAAGGAAUGAAUACAUCUCAAAAUGCUAUACUUUCUGGAUGUUCAGCGGGAGGAUUGGCAACAAUUUUGCAUUGCGAUAAUUUCAGAACAUUAUUACCAAAUAAUGCUAAAGUUAAAUGCUUUUCUGAUGCUGGUUAUUUUAUUCACCUCAACGAUAUUUCAGGGAAACCAUAUAUUGAACACUACUUCAAUGAUGUUGUCACUUUACAUGGCUCCGCCAAGAAUUUGCCUCCGUCAUGUACUUCAAAGUUGAAACCAGGCUUGUGCUUUUUUCCAGAAAAUGUGGCUCAACAAAUUAAAACGCCACUUUUCAUCAUAAAUGCAGCCUAUGAUCAUUGGCAGGUAAGAAACAUUUUGGUGGCUCCUGGUACUGAUCCUAAGGGUGCCUGGACAAGCUGCAAAGCUAAUAUAAAAAAUUGCACACCAUAUCAGCUCACAGUUCUUCAAGGUUUCAGAGAGGAUUUUUUAAAGGCAUUGGAAGGGAUAGGGCGAUCUUCAACAAGAGGAUAUUACAUCAACUCU